AUGGAGGAAGAGGCUAGUAUGGACCUCUUACAGCAACGGAGGAUCCAGGAGAUGCCCAUUCUUCAGGCUGCCAAAGAAAAUAAUGUGGAGCUUCUAAGGGAAAUCUUAGCAUCGGAGAAAUGUGACCCUUUCCAGAGAGGGGCACUCGGAGAAACGGCUCUCCAUAUGGCAGCACUAUACGACAACCUGGAAGCAGCUGAGAUCCUUCUAACUGAGGCUCCAUAUCUUCUGAACCUCCCCAUGACCUCUGAGCUCUACCAAGGCCAGACAUCGCUGCAUAUCGCUACUGUCAACCAGAACAUGAACUUGGUGAAGAUGCUGAUACAACGAGGAGCGGAUGUGUCCUCCCCAAGGGCUACCGGCAGCUUCUUCAUUCAGAGACCAAAAAUCCUCUUCUAUUUCGGGGAGCAUAUUUUAAGUUUUGCUGCUUGUGUGGGAAAUGCCGACAUUGUCAAACUACUGGUAGAGAAUGGAGCAAACCUACGGGCUCAGGACUGCUGGGGAAACACAGUGCUGCACAUUCUGAUCCUGCAGCACAAUAAGACGCUCUCUUGUCAGAUGUACGAUCUUCUCUUGUCUCUCAACAAUGAACAGAGCGGCCCCAGUUUGGACAUGAUCCUAAAUAACCAAGGCCUGACACCACUCAAGAUGGCUGCAGCUGAAGGCAAUGUCACUAUGUUUCAGCAUCUUCUAAAAAAGGGAGUCCGGACUUUUCAGUCGAUGGGUCCAACCAGUUACAUGCUCUACGACCUCACUGAGAUUGACUCUUGGGGGUCCUCGGGUUCAGUUCUUCAUCUGCUAGUGACAUCCAAGAAGGCAGAGGCACGGCGAAUUCUGGACAUUUCCCCUGUUAAAGAUCUGCUGAACGAGAAAUGGCAAAGGUUUGGGCGGCCAUAUUUUUGGACUCUGGCAGCCGUCUAUGUGCUGUACAUGAUCUGUGUGUCUUUGUGCUGCGCCAACCGACCCCUCAAGCCUCUGCAGAACCGUUCGUCAAACCCUCGAGACACCACUAUCCUAAAACAAACGAAUCUCCUGGAAUCCAAUAACACGACAAUGGACGAGCUGCGACUAGUUGGGGAGCUGAUCUCAGUUAUUGGGGCGCUGGCGAUGUUACUUCUUGAGAUCCCUGUACUGAUGAGCACUCGAAGUAUCGCCUUACUCCAAGACACUGUAUCAGGAGGACUUUUUCACUUCAUCCUGGUUCUCUUCAGCUGUUCGGUGCUUCUGACGCUCGCCCUAAGACUGACGAACUCGGAUGGAGAAGUGAUUCCCAUGUCUCUGGCCCUGGUGUUCGGCUGGUGCUUCGCUAUGUAUUUCGCUCGGGGAUUUCAGAUGUUGGGACCCUUCACUGUCAUGAUACACAAGAUCAUAUUUGGUGAUCUCCUGAGGUUUUUCUGGCUCAUGAUGGUGGUCAUCAUCGGCUUCGGCACAGCAUUGUACGUAGUAUUCCAAACAGAGGACCCAAAUGCUAUGGGAAUAUUUUAUAGCUAUGCCAUGUCAAUCUACAGCACUUACCAGCUGUUCAUCAACGUCAUCAACUCACCUGCCAACUACACUGUAGACCUACCGGUUAUGUACGGGGUGGUAUACUUCCCCUUCACCUUAAUCUCUAACCUCUUGAUGCUAAAUCUAUUAAUUGCAAUGAUGGGGGACACCCACUGGAGGGUGGCGCAGGAGCGGGAUGAGCUGUGGAGGGCCCAGCUUGCUGCAACAACCGUGAUGCUGGAGAGUAAACUUCCUUUGUACUUUUUACCUCGUCUUGGUGUUUGUGGAGCUGAAUAUGGGCUCGGGAACCACUGGUAUUUAUGUGUGAAGAAAGACAUCCAGGAAGAUCAGAAUCUGGUGACCCUGCCUACGCAGAGUUAUAUAUAUCCAGAGACUCAGGCUAUGAGGAAGAAUUCUACCAGUAGCAGCAACAAGGACAGUGAAGGAGACCAAGACCCCCAAUCUAAGAGAAGAUCGAGUCGGGGCUGGCAGAUCCUCCGUAGAGCCACCAUUGAUGAAUUACAGCGCAGUUCUAUCCUUUCUAAACACUCAGAACCAGAAGUCUAUUACAUUUAA